CAUACAGGUUCCAAAAUUGCUGUCUAAUAACGUGACGCACGAUCCGGAGAGCCUCGCUUGUGCCCCAAGGCCUCGCUUGUUUGUGCUCCAAGGCAAGCUUUCCUCUCGCUCGCCUCUCUCUCAUACAUCUCAUCUUCCACGAACUCUCUCUCUCCGAGAAACAAACCCAGACACUACAUAAAAACCGUAAGAUUUACAUAACACAUACAUACAAAGGUAAAGGAGGUAAGCAGAGAGACUCAAUCCACUAAAUCGACACACAAACAAGUGGAUUUCAUCAAUUCCCAAUCAAUCGAGCUUUAUAAUUUAUAGAUUGAUCAGCUCUUGCUUUUGAUUCACAGGUUUAAAACAAGGUAAUUGAAGCUAGGGUUUCAAUUUUUGUGUGUACCCUUGUUGAUUCGAUUGAGUUCGAGUCGGUGGAUAUUCAUUUGGGUUGUUUUACAUCUCAGAAUCAGAAUAUGAGCUCUCAAGUCAGACACGAUCGAAAUGAUAACAAUAAUAACAAUAAUCGGUCCAGAUUUCCUCCCCAAAGUGGCCGCCGAGAGUGGGUCCCAAGAGGUGCCACUGCCACCGCCACCGUUGUGAGCCGACCAUCGAAUAAUUUCAAUUCCAAUCUGAUUGGAAACGAUGGGGACUCGAAUUCGAGCUUGGCGGCACGAAACAGUCAGCCUAGAGGGAAUAUGGGUUCAAGGGGUCAAAUGGGUCGGCCUUCCUAUCAGAGGAGAGAAAGGGAGAGGAGUAAUAAGGAGGAAAGGGGGUUGCUGGGUAUGAAUUUGGGUAAUCAGGAGGAAAAAACGCCAAAAGAGGACAUGAGUUUGCCUCAGCUUUUGCAAGAAAUUCAAGACAAACUUAUGAAGGGGACAGUGGAGUGUAUGAUUUGUUACGAUAUGGUGCGGAGGUCUGCACCCAUUUGGUCCUGCUCGAGCUGUUACUCAAUUUUCCAUUUGAAUUGUAUAAAGAAAUGGGCUCGGGCACCUACUUCUGUUGAUUUGUCAACUGAGAAGAAUCAGGGGUUUAAUUGGCGGUGCCCAGGAUGUCAGUCCGUGCAGAUGACGGUGUUGAAGGAGAUUCGGUACCUUUGCUUCUGUGGGAAGAGGCAGGAACCUCCUUCUGAUUUAUAUCUGACACCGCAUUCAUGUGGAGAGCCGUGUGGGAAGCCACUUGAGAAGGAUUUUAGUGGUCCUAGUGGGGGUAAAGAGGAUCUUUGUCCUCAUUUUUGUGUUCUGCAAUGCCAUCCUGGCCCAUGCCCUCCUUGCAAAGCUUUUGCCCCACCACAGUUGUGCCCCUGUGGGAAAAAAAAGAUUACAACACGAUGUUUUGAUCGGAAAUCUUUUCUCACUUGUGGUCAGCAAUGCGAGAAACUUCUUGACUGUGGGCGUCAUCGCUGUGAGCAGGUUUGCCAUGUGGGACAGUGUGAUGCUUGUCCAGUUCUGGUCAAUGCUCCUUGUUUCUGCAAGAAGAAAAUGGAGACUGUUCUUUGUGGAGAGAUGGAAGUGAAAGGAGAAGUGAAAGUAGAAGAUGGUGUUUUUUCAUGUGAUUCAAUUUGCGGAAAGAAACUCAGAUGUGGAAAUCAUGUUUGCAAUGAAAUUUGUCAUCCGGGUUCUUGUGGGGAUUGUGAAUUGUUGCCAGGCAUGAUUAAGACAUGCUAUUGUGGUAAAACAAGCUUAGAGGAUGAACGAAGGAGUUGUUUGGAUCCUAUACCAACCUGUUCUCAGGUCUGUGGCAAACGUCUCCCUUGUGGGGUACAUCAUUGCGAAGAGAGGUGCCAUGCCGGGAAUUGCGCUCGUUGUACAGUUCUUGUUACUCAAAAAUGUCGUUGUGGAUCAAGUUCUCGAACUGUGGAAUGCUACAAAACAACGAUGGAAGGGGAGCAAUUUACAUGUGAUAAACCUUGUGGGCAGAAGAAGAACUGUGGGAGGCACCGGUGCAGUGAGAGGUGCUGCCCUCUUUCUAAUUCCAACAAUUCUCUCACAGGUGACUGGGACCCUCACUUAUGCUCAAUGCCCUGUGAGAAGAAGCUAAGGUGUGGGCAGCAUUCUUGUGAAUCUCUCUGUCACAGUGGGCAUUGCCCUCCUUGCCUUGAAACAAUCUUCACCGAUUUGACCUGUGCUUGUGGGAGAACUUCAAUUCCUCCUCCACAGCCUUGUGGCACACCUCCUCCAUCGUGUCAGUAUCCAUGCUCAGUUUCUCAGCCUUGUGGUCAUUCAUCUUCUCAUAGCUGCCACUUUGGAGACUGCCCGCCUUGUUCAGUUCCUAUAGCAAAGGAGUGCAUUGGUGGACAUGUGGUUCUCAGGAAUUUGCCUUGUGGGUCGAAGGAUAUCAGAUGUAACAAGCUAUGUGGCAAGACCAGGCAAUGUGGGAUGCAUGCUUGUGCAAGAAUUUGUCAUCCUGCUCCAUGUGAUUCUUCUUGUGGACCUAGUUCUGGUUCAAAGGCUUCCUGUGGGCAGAUGUGCGGUGCUCCCAGGAGGGAUUGUAGGCAUACAUGUACUGCUCUUUGUCACCCCUUUUCUCCGUGUCCCGAUGUAAGAUGUGAGUUCCCUGUCACAAUAACAUGUUCUUGUGGCCGAAUAACUGCGACUGUUCCUUGUGAUGCUGGAGGCAGCAGUGGUGGUCUCAACGUCGAUACUGUUUUUGAAGCUUCUGUAAUCCAAAAGUUGCCAGUGCCACUUCAACCUGUUGAAGCAAAUGGGAAGAAGAUUCCACUCGGACAGAGGAAGCUUACGUGUGAUGAUGAAUGUGCAAAGAUGGACCGUAAACGGGUUCUUGCUGAUGCUUUUGGUGUCACAACUCCAAACCUUGAUGCACUUCAUUUUGGUGAAAAUUCUGUUGUUUCUGAAGUUCUUGCUGACCUGCUUAGGCGCGAUCCGAAGUGGGUAUUGUCUGUGGAAGAGAGGUGCAAGUUCUUGGUCCUUGGUAGGGUCAGAGGAGGAAGCAAUGCUCUUCGGGUUCAUGUAUUUUGUCCAAUGUCAAAGGAAAAGAGAGAUGUGGUGAGGCUGAUAGCUGAGAGGUGGAAACUUGUGGUUAAUGCUGCUGGGUGGGAGCCAAAGCGUUUCAUUGUGGUUCAUGUUACCUCAAAGUCCAAAGCCCCAUCCCGUGUCCUUGGUGCCACCAAAGGUUCCAUCCUUGGGAAUAUUAUACAUCCUCCGGUUUUUGAUCCUUUGACAGACAUGGAUCCCAGGCUUGUUGUUGCUCUCUUUGAUUUGCCGAGGGAUGCUGAUAUUAGUGCAUUGGUCCUUAGGUUUGGUGGGGAAUGUGAAUUAGUCUGGUUGAAUGACAAGAAUGCAUUGGCUGUUUUUAGUGAUCCAGCGCGUGCAGCAACUGCUAUGAGGAGAUUAGAUCAAGGUUCUGUAUAUUAUGGGGCAGUCGUGGUUCCUCAAAAUGGUGGUGUGUCAGUGGCAUCAGCUGGUGCUAAUAGUUGGGGAGGUUCAGGACUGGCCAAGGAUGGAGGAGGUGUAUCUGCGUCGCUGAAGGGGAAUGCAUGGGUGAAGGCUGUUGUGCAGGAACCCAAUUGGAGGGAGAGUUCAUGGGAUGGUGAGGAGUGGUCUGCUGAUUCUCCCAAUAUGGAGGCAUCUGUGUGGAAAGGGAAGAAGGAUGCUCCGAUUGCAACUUCAGCAAACCGGUGGAGUGUUCUAGACUCAGUAACGAAUCUGAGCUCGUCAUCUACAUCUGCUGGAAUGGAGGAUCCUGGAAAUUUGACAGGAACUCAAAUGGUUUCAGACUUUGAACCUAAAGCAAGUGGUUCGAAUAUGGGAAAGCAGAAGGAAAGCAACCAUGAGGGGAUGUCCGAUGUAGUUGAUGACUGGGAGCAGGCUUAUGACUGAGGGAUACGUUUUAGAUAUUCAAGCAUCUGCAAGUGAGAGGAGUGAAAUUUAGUUUCUCUCAUAUUUCUUUUUUUUCUUUUUUUUUUUUUUUUUGUUUAUUCAACUUUUUUGGGGCAAGGUUGUGAUGUUUUGGUUUUUGGUUAUGCAACCCAUGUGUCAUGUAGCAUGUGAUAUUGGCCUUUUUUUAUUUUUUAUUUGACACCAUUAAAAGGUGGAAGGAACUUUUACUUAUGCUUCGUGAAAGAAUAUUCGUUCUGUAAAUUUGAUUUUCCUUUAUAUUGAAGAAGUAGCUAUGCAUAUAGUGAAACACUGGUUAUGGCUGAAUGUAAUGAAGGUUUUGGUUUAA